AAGAAUAAGUUAUAAGAAUCAAUGGCUUCCUUCAAGAACUUUGUGUUACCGGUUCUGUUAACAAUCACUCUUGUGUUGCUCACUGAAGCAGCAAUACCAUCCGAAGAAGAGAAGAAAGAACUGGAGAGGCAACUCAAAGCUAUCAACAAACCUGCAAUCAAGAGUUUCAAGACAGAACAUGGUGUUAUAUUUGACUGUAUCGACAUUCACAAACAGCUAGCCUUUGAUCACCCUCUGCUCAAAAACCACUCUGUUCAGCUGAAGCCAGCAACUGUACCUGAAGGGAUCACAAGCAACAACAUUUCAAGUAAAGUCAAUUCCUUGUUGCUUCUGCCAGACGGCAUAAACUGUCCAGAUGAAACAGUAAUAGUUAAAAGGACUACAAUGCAAGAUCUUAUCCAUGCACAGCGUUUGAAAUCAGUGGGAUUCAAUGGCCCAAGACAUUUUCUUACAGAGAGAAACAACACUGAUGGAACUGGACAAUAUUAUGUAAGAACAAUAUUAUUUGCAACGGUUAACUAUGGACCUAAAAGUUUUACUGGAGUAAAAGGGCAUCUUAACCUGUGGGAACCACAAGUCUCACAAGACCAAAUCAGUCUUGCAUUCAUAGCAGUUGCUGGAGGGCCUAAAGAACGUUUCGCCAGCAUUUUUGUUGGGUGGAUGGUGAAUCCAUCCCUGUACCAUUUCUCGCAAGAUCAUGUUCGCCUAUACACCUACUGGAAUAUAGAAGGAAGCAAUCCUGGCUGCUACGAUAUAACAUGUCCUGGAUUUGUGCAAGUCAGCAAGAAUAUACCACUUGGUUCCUUUCUUCAACCACUUUCUGUCUAUAAUGGUUUACAAUACGACAUAGACUUAACCUUGUAUCAGGAUCGUGUCAAGGGAGAUUGGUGGUUUGCAUAUAAUCAUGAGAACGUUGGAUACUGGCCAGCGUCAUUGUUCAAGGCCGCGAGAUUUGAGAACAGAGCAAAUUAUGCAGCUUGGGGAGGUCAAGUGUACAGUCCAGUGAUGGAGAAAACUCCGGAAAUGGGGAGUGGGCAUUGGCCUAGGGAGGGCUUAGGUAAGUCAGCCUAUGUGAACGAUAUCAGAAUCAUCGAUGGUAUGGGGAAUUUUUUGUAUCCAGAACCCUACAGUCUGAAGGAACACGAGACCAGUUCAAAGUGUUAUAGAGCAAUGUAUGUUCAUGAGGAUAGAGAUCCUUGGGUAAGAGCUCUUUACUACGGAGGUCCUUCAGGAUGCAUAGGCUAAUAUGACGUAUGAUCUGAAAAGUUAUAUUAUAACUCUUAAUAUAAUAUUCUAUCUAUUCAGUUUAAAAAAAUAAUAUAUAUAAUAUUCUAUUGCGAAUUAUAAAUUUUCAUGAAGCUUUACCCGUUUACAUACACUCAGAACAUUUGAUCUUCACAACUUUCAGCAAUAAUGUUACUUCUGAGGCUGCAAAUAAUGAAACCAUAACCAAAGUGUAAAAUUUCACUGGCAAUUUGUUUUAAACUAUAGUUUUAAAAAAAAAAAUUGUUUUAA